AUGAAGCUGGCUCUGCUCCUGCCCUGGGCGUGCUGCUGCCUCUGCGGGUCGGCGCUGGCCACCGGCUUCCUCUACCCCUUCCCGGCCGCAGCCCUGCAGCAGCCGCACGGCUACCCCGAGCCGGGCGCCGGCUCCCCCGGCAGCGGCUACGCGAGCCGCCGGCACUGGUGCCAUCACACGGUGACGCGGACCGUGUCCUGCCAGGUGCAGAAUGGCUCGGAGACGGUGGUGCAGCGCGUGUACCAGGGCUGCCGCUGGCCGGGGCCCUGCGCCAGCCUCGUGAGGACCCUCAUCAGGCCCACGUACAGAGUGUCCUACCGCACGGUGACGGCGCUGGAGUGGAGGUGCUGCCCCGGCUUUACUGGGAGCAACUGUGACGAGGAAUGCAUGAACUGCACCCGGCUCAGUGACAUGAGUGAGCGCCUGACCACGCUGGAGGCCAAGGUUCUGCUUCUAGAAGCGGCUGAGCGGUCCCCAGAGCCGGACAACGACCUGCCGGCCGUGGGCAGCACGGCCCCACCCUGGAACCAGGACUUCCUCCCCGGCGCCAUCCCUCUCGCCUACCCGGGGUCCCCCAGGAGAAGGCCCACGGGCCCGGCCGGGCCCCCAGGGCAGACGGGACCACCAGGGCCUGCAGGCCCCCCAGGCUCCAAAGGUGACCGAGGUCAGACAGGAGAGAAGGGCCCGGCGGGGCCUCCUGGGCUCCUGGGGCCACCGGGGCCCCGGGGGCUUCCUGGAGAGAUGGGGCGCCCCGGCCCCCCAGGACCCCCGGGCCCAGCAGGCAGCCCGGGCCUCCCCCCAGACGGCCCCCAAGGCGUCCUCUACUCCCUGAAGCCCUCUCCUGGCAGAGACGAUGGAGACUCCCAGCUGACCCCCGCGGUCGUGGACACAGUGCUGACGGGCGUCCCCGGCCCCCGGGGCCCCCCCGGCCCCCCAGGUCCACCCGGCCCCCACGGCCCCCCGGGACCCCCAGGAGCACCCGGAUCCCAGGGCGAGCCUGCUGCGAAGGCCGACGGUGGGGAGAAAGCGGCCAGCGAGGGUGAGGGGGUGCAGCAGCUGCGGGAGGCCCUGAAGAUCCUGGCCGAGAGAGUCCUCAUCUUGGAACACAUGAUCGGGGUCCACGACCCCCUGGCGUCCCCCGAGGGCGGCUCCGGCCAGGACGCGGCCCUGAGAGCCAGCCUCAAGAUGAAGCGAGGCGGCCCCCCAUCUGACGGCGUCCUCGCCGCCCUGCUCGGCCCGGACCCUGGGCAGAAGCGCGCCGACCCGCCUAGCAGCAGGAAAUGA